GUUGCUGCCUGCUGCAGUGGGAUUGUAUGUAGAAGUCCUCCCGCAGCCCAGGGACCCCUCGGGGCCGGUUUAAUGCAGGGACGGGGGCCCGGCCCGGGAGAUUUUGCAGUCUAAGGAGAAGAACAGCAGUGCCCGGUCGAGGGUGAUGCCAGAAGGAGCCCGGCAUGCCGUACCUGGAUCGACAGAACCGUAUCUGCGGGUUCCUGGACAUUGAAGAAAAUGAGACCUGCGGCAAGUUUCUGCGGAGGUAUUUCAUCCUGGACACCCAGGCCAACUGCCUCCUCUGGUACAUGGACAACCCUCAGAACCUGGCCAUCGGUGCGGGUGCUGUCGGAUCUCUGCAGCUGACCUACAUCUCCAAGGGCAGCGCCCCGAAGGAUGAGACCUUCGGGAAGCUCGUCAUCAACGCUUUAUCUCAGCGCUAUUUCUUACAAGCCAGCGAUCAGAAGGACCUGCAGGACUGGGUGGAGGCGCUGAACCGGGCCAGUAAGAUCACGGUGCCGAAGGGCGGCAGCGUCCCACCGGCCACCGAGAUCGCGAAGCCUCCGGUGGUGCCCCAGGCCCAGGAGAGGAAGCCCCAGGUGGCCUACAAAACUGAGAUCAUCGGGGGGGUGGUGGUCCACACGCCCAUCUCCAUCAACCAGAAUGGGGGGGACGGAGGCGAGGGCAGCGACCUGGCCGCCCACCCGCUGCUGCGGCGCUCGCAGAGCUACAUCCCCACCUCGGCCGCCAAGCCGCCCGCCGGGCCCCCCGUCCUCAAGAGCGGCUACUGCGUGAAGCAGGGGAACGUGAGAAAGAGCUGGAAGCGCCGAUACUUCGUUCUGGAUGAAUUCUCCAUCAGUUACUACAAGUGUGAGCAGGACAAGGAGCCCUUGCGUUCGAUUCUCCUGAAGGACGUUUGCAAGACCCACGAGUGCCUGGUCAAGUCUGGUGACCUCCUGAUGCGGGACAACCUCUUUGAGAUCGUGACGAGCUCCAGAACCUUCUACAUCCAGGCAGACAGCCCCGAGGACAUGCACAGCUGGAUCCGAGUAAUCACAGGGGCAGUCCAGGCCCUGAAAACCCGCCCAAGGGAAAUGUCCUUCAUGAGAUCCGGCUCCAUGGUCAAGCCCGGGGGCUCGGCCGCCCCCUCCCACCAGAGGCAGGCGGCGGAGGAGAGGAGAGCGCUGUGCAAAGCCCCCUCCACCUCCUCCUGGCAGCCCUGGACGCCGGUGCCGCAGGCGGAGGGGAAGCAGGCGAUGCCGGAGGAGACGCCCGCGCUGCUGAGAGACUCGAUGUUCCUGCCGGCCUUCUCGGAGCGUGACGCCGGAGCCGCGCCGGGCAAGCGCUUGCGGCACAAGUCGGAGCCGCAGCAUCUCAAGGGCCAAGCCUGGAGGAAGCGGCAGGAGGUCUCGGAGGCGUGA